CACAGGAAGAUCACACCAUCCCUCACCAUCAUCAGGGUGAAGAACUAAAAGACAUCAAAGAUGAGAUUAAGGCAGAGGAAGAAGAGAGGUUGGUGAGUGGAGAUCAGCAGUCUAUGGAGGAGGGUUGUCCUCUGGAUUCCCACAAUUCUACACAGGAAGAUCUCCAAUAUACAGAGAAUGGGAGAUCAGGAGAUCAGAAUGAAGAACGGAAAGAUAUCAAAGUUGAGGAUAAAGAGGAAGAAGAAGAGAGGUUGGUGAGUGGAGAUCAGCAGUCUAUGGAGGAGGGGGAGAUGAUUACGGAAAGUAAACAGGAGGAAUCUUCUCUACAUAUAGACACAACAGAUGACCAUAAUGUCCGGAAUACGUCUGAGGAAUCUUCUGAUAAAUCACAUACCAGGACUCUAAGAUCUCACAGCAGAAAUACUUUAAUAGAUCCGUCUAUUCCCGAGGAAUCUUCUUCAGGGCAGGAAGCAGAUCACACAGAAGAGAGGUCAUUGUCAUGUUCAGUGUGUGGGAAACUUUUCACAAAAAAGAGAGACCUUCUUAAACACAAGAAAUGUCACACUGCUGAGCGUCCCUAUUCAUGUUCAGAGUGCGGGAAGUGUUUGACUAGCAAACAAAACCUUCUUUUACAUCAGAGAAUUCACACAGGUGAGCGUCCCUUUUCAUGCUCAGUAUGUAGGAAAUGUUUCACUACCAAACAACAUCUACUUUUACACCAGAACAGUCACACAGGUGAGCGUCUUUUUUCAUGCUCAGAAUGCGGGAAAUCUUUCACUACCAAACAAAGUCUUCUUAGACACCAGAACAGUCACACAGGUGAGCGUCCCUAUUCAUGCUCAGAAUGCGGGAAAUCUUUCUCACAGAAAGGAAACCUUGUGUAUCACCAAAGAGUUCACACAGGUGAGCGUCCUUAUUCAUGUUCAGAGUGCAGGAAAUCUUUCACGUCAAAAGGAGACCUUGUUAUACACCAGAGAAUGCACACAGGUGUGCAUCCUUAUUCAUGUUCAGAGUGCGGGAAAUCUUUCAAGUCGAAAGGACACCUUGGGUAUCACCAGAGAAUUCACACGGGUGAGAGUCCUUACUCAUGUUCAGAGUGUGGGAAAUCUUUUGGGUCGAAAGAACACCUUGGGUAUCACCAGAGAAUUCACACAGGUGAGCGUCCUUAUUCAUGUUCAGAGUGCGGGAAAUCUUUUGGGUCGAAAGGACCCCUUGUGUAUCACCAAAGGAUUCACACAGGUGAGCGUCCUUAUUCAUGUUCAGAGUGCGGGAAAUCUUUUGGGUCGAAAGGACCCCUUGUGCACCACCAGAGAAUUCACACGGGUGAGCGUCCUUAUUCAUGUUCAGAGUGCGGGAAAUCUUACAAAACAAAAGGUGGCCUUGUGUCUCAUCAGAGAACUCACAUGAGAUAACGAUCUUUCUCAUAACAGUGGUGUGUUGGGGGAGGGGCGGAAUAUAUUGAAUGUUUUUCAGGUUCGGUUUGAUAGAUCUGAGUCUGCAGGGAUUGAAUUCUAGUAAUAUGAUCCUCUAAACAUACAGAGAUGACUCGGUCCCGCACUCACACAGACUGCACCAUACAACUAAACUGUGCUAAUACAUGGCCAGAUAUGACAAUACAUGGACAACACUUCUUAUUGGUUGAUGUCGGUUUCUGUACAGUAUUGGUCUUUUUUUGUUUUACUGAGGAAGCCGGCUUCUCAUUGGUCCAACAAAUAAUUAAUUUUUUGUUUUUGUUUAUUAUCUUGAAUUAUAAAUGUUUUGAUUUAGAUUCUAGCUUAUUUUUUUUAUUGUUUAUUAACCACUUGAAGACCGUCAUUUUAUACCCCCUUCCUAUAUACGCCAUUCUUUAAUUUUUGAUAUUUGACUGACAAUUACUCGGUCAUACAACACUGUACCCAAAUGAAUUUUAUAUAAUUUUUAUGAGACAUGUAAAGCUUUCCUUUUAGUUGUGUUUCUCCACCACUUUUACUAUACAGUAUAAUGGCAAAGAGACAACAAAUAGAACAGAGACAAAAAAUGGAAAAUAAAGGGCAUUUUUCCUAGUUUCUCUCAUAAAAAAUGCAAAUAACUUUUCUUUGUUAAUUUAGGCCAAAAUGUAUUUUUCUAAAUUUCUUUGGUAAAAUACAAAGCAAAUAAGCGUAUAUCAUCUACUCUGUGGGGUUUAUUUACUAAAGCAUAGGAACCAAUCAGCUUUUAGGUUUUAUUGCCAAAGCUUAAUUAAACAAGCUUAGGUUAGAUGCUAAAUUUUAAAUAUAGAACAAGUGCAGCGCAGUCAAAUAAAGUUCCCAAAAUGUAUAGUAAAAUAAUAGUCCAAAGAAUUGAUGAACAAAAGAAUCCACAGCAUUUGCGGAAUCCUUCACCAGUGGUCUAAAAUGAGUGACAAUCCCUCCACCUUCGGUCGCACUAAAUACUCUCACCUUAGGAAAACGACCCCCUGAACGAACAGGGGGUCAUGCAGGCAAAACUGAAAAGGUUAACAUGAAUCGUGGACCUCUCGUGCGUCUCCGUAAGCUCAAUACGAGUGCCAGAUCCAAAUGUAAUCUCCUUGUACUCAGCGUAUAUUGACAGAACAUGUAUAAUAAAAAGAUGGGAUCUAAA